GUAGAAAAAAUGAUUUCGUCCCCGGACCGACUCGACAAGCCGCAUUACACAUGCCGAUUUUUUCUACUCAUGCUUUGAUGCUUCUAGCUGUUCGUUCAAUGGAAACGGAAAGUCUUAGCUGAAGGUGUUCACGCAAGAGGACGUAUAGAGACGUUCAAAUCGACAAAGACAAAUCGGUGGAUACGUGAUGAGAAUCGAUGAGAGACUUUCUCUAGAUUUCUUUAACGAUGAGUAGUAUCUUCCAACCUGAGCUUCCUCCUGGUCCCCACCAGAAACUCGCUCGUUACCGACAACUUUCCUCGAGAUCUUCCGUGCAUGUCUCGCCACUCUGUCUAGGUGGAAUGAGUAUUGGGGAUCAAUGGUCUGAGAUGUUCGGAUCCAUGGAUAAAGAAUCUUCUUUCAAGCUGUUGGACACAUAUUACGACGCGGGAGGAAAUUGGAUUGAUACUGCCAACAUCUAUCAAGAGGGCUCAUCUGAGGAAUUCAUUGGCGAAUGGAUGGAACAGCGUGAUAUUCGAAGCCAAAUGAUCAUUGCGACAAAAUAUACAAACAUUCCUGGCCGCACGAGGGGCGUUCCUUUAGCGAAACAAAAAGUUAAUUUCGUGGGCAACAACCUGAAAUCAAUGCGCGUCAGUCUCGAUAUCAGCCUCAAAAGGCUGCGUACAGAUUAUGUCGAUAUAUUUUACGUCCAUGCUUGGGAUAUGCAUACUUCCGUUGAAGAAAUUAUGGACGGACUGCACAAUCUGGUAGCUGCAGGAAAAAUCUUGUACCUGGGUAUAUCGAAUGCCCCUGCUUGGCUUGUGGUGAAGGCCAAUGAUUAUGCUCGUUCAACUGGCAAGACUCCAUUUGUGGUUUAUCAAGCGCCGUAUUCUAUCCUCAAAAGGGACAUAGAGCGAGAGAUUCUUCCUAUGUGUCAACAUGAAGGAAUCGCUCUCACUCUCUAUUUCGUUCUUGCUGCUGGUCACAUUCGAACAACGGCUGAAGAAGAGCAACGGCGUACCAGUGGAGAACAAGGAAGACAGGGAUUUUUCUUUGGACCCUGGGAGCGUACUCCCGAUGAAGUAAAAGUAUGUGAUGGUCUCGAGAAACUAGCCGCAGAAAUUGGAGUCAAGAAUAUCAAUGCCCUGGCGAUCGCAUACGUCCUUCAUAAAGCCCCGUACAUGUUUCCCAUUAUUGGGGGGCGAAAAGUUGAGCACCUACACUCGAAUUUGGAAGCUCUGGAAAUUAGCCUUUCAAAGGAGCAAAUGGACUACUUAGAUAACCUGAAGGCAUUCGAUAAGGGCUAUCCGUCGGACGCUUUGGGUGACCCGAGUGGAUAUCCGCGACCAGUAAAGAUGAUCGCAACCAUUGAUGCUAUUCCUGUGGCAUCCGUUAUAAGACCCGUCCACGAUUGAUUUUUUGUGCAUGGAAUUUGAAAUGGUUAGAUAGUUUUGACUGUACUGUAUCCUGAAUUGCAAGUAAAGGACUUCGUUCUCUGAGAAGUUUAACCAGUC